AAGCUGCAACUGAGUUAUUGUUUUAGGGAAUCAACAAGUGUUAGAAGAAUAAUCUCAAUCUCAAUUUCAAUCUCAAACUUGAAUGGGUUACCUUGAAGAAGCACGCGAUAAUCACGUCAAGAAGAAAGUGGAAGAAGCUUUACGCAGCAAAAUGAAGCAGAAGGCACUAAAAGAGUGUGAUCAAUACACAGCAAAAUAUGCUCAAUGUGCUUCGGGGAGAACACUGUCAGUUGUUUGGCAUUGUCGCGAACAAGCUAAAGAAUUGAAUGAUUGUCUUCAUCAAUUCACCAAUGAUUCUGUUUUGGAGAAAAUGAAGAAAGAAUACAUGCUGAAACACAGUGGAGAGGGCUCUGCUAGAAUCUAGACUAUUGGAUUUCAACGACAUGGUGUAUGCCAGAAACAGAUUAUCAAUAUACUCUGAUGCAUCUUACAUUCAAAAAUUUUAGAUAUUUACGAAUUUUGUAUGGAAUAGUAGAAACAUAAAUGAAAUGAACUUCAUUUGUAUGAUGUUUGUUACGCUAUCUUAAAUAGUGCCCAAUUAGUACCAUUUUGACUAAUA